GAGGCAUUAGUCGACCCAUUAAACAUCAUUCCAUCUGCCGCAUUGUUCUUGUGCCAAGAAUUCUCCGACAAGCGCAGCACCAUCUUUGAGGACAGUCUUCCAUGCUCUCCUUCGACUGUGCAGAGCUCCGAAACCUGUUCCGACAACCUGGUGAUAGGACUUGUCGCCGUGCACCAUCCUCCCAUUGAGUUCUGUCAGUCGGCGCUAGCCACUCUGGCGAAUGCAGCGGCCACAGCGGCUACGACAACCACGGCUGGGGCUGGCGCCGGAUCGGCGUCUGCAGCCAGCGGUCUCGGCUCCUCCGAAAGCAACUCGUCAUCCGGCCUUGGAGGCUACACCGGCGUCAACGAAGUCAGCUUCAGCGGUCAGGCGGGCUCUUCCCCCGGAGAGGCCGGCUCCAUUCGUCAAUCUUCAGUCAGCUCAGACUCAGUCGCCCUAAUGGCUUCUACGCCAAACUCUUCCUGCUUAGCCGGUUUCAGAAUUGCCACAGCAUACUUUUCAUGGAAAAAGUGCGGUAUUGAGCCACUUCUCGCUCUGAUCAUCUUCUUUGUAUGGCAGACUAAACGUUGCCAAAGUUUUAACUGUGUAAACGACGAUGGGCCGAAGACUUUAGCGUCCGAACGUGGCUACAACAAUAGCGAAACCAUCUGCUUUCAAUUUUCAAUUUGGAAAAACUCAGAAUUCUUGCAACAACAUUUUAAUGUAAAAUUCAACUUAAAAGGCACUGCGUAA